UGCUUGUGUGUUCCGUUCUGUUCUUCAUUAGGGCUUUUCUCUGAGAGAGAAGAUAAGUCAUACUCUCUCACUUCUGAGCUACCCUGUUCAAGCACUCAAAGUUUGCUGGGUUGUAUCUGCUUUCAGAUAAUUGAGCAACACUUUGAAGAAUUGCCCAUAUUCGUGUGGUCGAUUUUCAGAAAUGAACUUGUGCCCUAAAGCAAUGAAUUGUAUUUUCUUACCCUCCUCUCUCUCCCUUCUACCAACUCUACAUCAAUCCAAACCUUGUCUUCGUAUACAGCCUCGUUAUAGUUGCUGUUUUAAUGACUAUUCUUCCGGUCAUAAAUUCUCUUCUCUUUCACUCCGAUCCCCCUUCAUUUCAUUUCAUUCCUUACGCAAUCGUCAGUCUUCAAUUGGUGCUACAAUUCCCUCAAAUGAAGGAGCAAUCUCUAUGAUUAGUAUGGAUGAUUUCAAGGAGAAAGAUUGGUCGUUUCUUGAGUCCGAUGAAACAAAUUCUGAUGGAGAGCUUAAUCAGAAGACUGAUCGGAUAAUUUCCGCAGGAGGGAUUGGAGAGACUUCAAAGGUUUUGGUUUCAAUUGGUUCCAAAGGAUUUGUGGAUCGAAUAGUUGACUCAUCACCUUGCCAGAUGUUGCUUGUAGUCCAUGACUCCAUUUUUGUACUAGCCAACAUCAAAGCAAAAUAUGACAUGGUCAAGUGUUGGCAAGGGGAACUGUUAUAUGUGCCAGAAAAAUGGGCACCUUUUGAUGUGGUGUAUCUUUAUUUCCUGCCGGCUUUGCCUUUUAAACUUGGUCAGAUUUUCGGAGCACUUGCCAAACAAUGUUUGCCAGGUGCAAGACUUGUUAUCAGUUAUCCCGAGGGAAGGGAAGUGGUAGAGCAGCAACAAAGGCAGUUCCCUGAUGUGGUAAUUUCGGAUUUACCUGACGAGAUGUCUUUGCAGAAUGUUGCCGCAGAUCAUUCUUUUGAGAUAGUUGAAUUUGUAGAUGAACCUGAUUUCUACCUUGCUGUUUUAAAGUUUGUGGGAAAGAACAAGGCCUAGUAGUUUGACAUCUUCAAAACUGACUACCGAGUACAAUAUUUUUGAAGAGUUGAUAGUGUAGCAAUUUUGUACAAAUUGAAGAACGGAUUUGCUUAUUUCAUGAUGUUUUUGGCAUCUCUGAUCCUUUUGUGGCGUGGUUGGAUGCGAAUUCAUUCCUAUCCGAUUACAGUACACGUGAAUUUGAAUUGAAAGUAAAUUCAACAUUAUAACUGUGCAUUUCUCAUAAAUGCUAAAUUCUAGAGAUCGGAUCAGCUGUGUAAGUUAUGAUUUCUGGCCCCAA